AAUUGUUAAUCCAUGUUUCGUUUUCAUUAUCGAAAUCCAGAAAGAAGAAAUUUUAUUGAAGAAACUGAAGAAGAAUGGAAGGUAAAGUUGGAGGAGGGGUAGGAGGAGAGAUAAGAAGAGUUCAUAUCAUAUAUUUUCUGAGUCGAAUGGGUCGAGUUGAACAUCCACAUCUCAUUCGAGUUCAUCAUUUGAGUAAAAAUGGUGUCCAUUUACGAGAUGUUAAGAGAUGGUUAUCAGAAUUGAGAGGAAAAGAUAUGCCAGAUGCAUUUGCCUGGUCUUACAAAAGGAGGUAUAAAACAGGUUAUGUUUGGCAAGAUUUGCUGGAUGAUGAUCUUAUCUCUCCAAUUUCAGACAAUGAAUAUGUUAUUAAAGGAUCAGAAAUAACUACACUUUCAUUUGAUCCCUGUUUCCACGGAGAGAAAAAAGGUUCAACCUUAACGAAAGCAGAGACAAUUCCUUCAAUUAUAGAGACUAAAUCAAAAACCCCAGAUAGCAAAGGAGAAUCCCAAUUCGAUGGUGAAGAUUCAGGACCUUUGGAUUCAGAAACAUCAACAGAAAGUAGUGAAUCAAUCAAAGAAAGAAACUCUGAUGACGAUCAUCAAAAACAGAGGAGUAUUGUUCCCAUUACUGAGAUUAAAGAAUCAAAUGAUGAAACUGAGAAUUCCUUACAAAAGAAUGAAAAAGAUGAAAUUGCAGAGAAACAGAAUCCGUCAUCAUCAUCAUCAACAACAACGACAUCAACAGCAAGAUCUUCUUCUUCGUCGUCAUCUUCAUCCUCAUUCAAUAAUAGUAAGAGUUAUUCGAGUGGGGGAGCUACCAAUGUGUUUCGCAGCUUACUGAGUUGUCGUGCAACAGAUAUAAACGAUUCAGCUUUGAUGAUGAUCCAUAGAAGUUCUUGUUCUUCUUCUUCUUCAGAGAUUUGUAAAUUUGAGAAUUUGGGUGGGUCUGACAUGAAUACUAGUGGAAUAUUAUGGAAUCAACAUCAAUCAAGGAGAAGUAUCAGUAAACCAUCAUCAUCAUCAUCUUCAGAGAACAGUACAUCAAAGAAGUCAAAUGAAUUCGGUGGUAGCCUGAAAAAAGUCUCUGCUGCUUUCAAACCAGUUGCUGAGCCUCACUGUUCGCAAUGUGGGAAGGGGUUCAAGCCGGAGAGAUUACACUCACACAUGAAGUCCUGUAGAGGAUUGAAAAGCCUGAGCAAGAAUCGCAAUAGUGCUACAGCUGGGUAUGAUUUUGAGACUGAGCAGAAGUUCACAACAUUAGGAUCUUUUAAAGAAAGAAACCAACAGGGAUGUUUUUAACUAUCUUAUGGUCUGGAAAUGAUGGAGAGAUCUCUGCUAUCUGUUUACUUAGGUAUUACGUGUAUAUGUUUAAUUUUACUGCUCUUUAUCCUUUGAAUACAGAACUUUUGAGUA